AUGCUCGCUACCGCCACGAGGAAUCAAUUCCCAACCAGCGCUUCGAUGUGUAUUUUUCCACCAGCAACCGUCUGUGGUUUUCAAGGCCUCCAAGAGUGGAGUUUGGGCAAUCCGAAUUGCUAUUCUUGUGAAGACCAGUCCAUGCCAUGCGUCCUAAGCUCUCUAUGCAAUUCCAAUUUCACGCCACUCUGUCCUCAGACGGCUACUCUUUCGGUUUUUCCUAAUUCUGCAUCGGCGCGUUUAUUGCCGCUGGAGCACCAGUUCUACUCAAACAUAUCGCCUCUCUUUGGUGUCGACUCGCUAUCUGAGGAUAAAGUAGAUGCAUCAAUGAGGGACGAGUCCUUAACGCGCCUUUUAUCGCUUCAUCGCGCCUAUUACGAUUUGUCUCCUGCUGUCUUCUGUAAGGCUGUCUGUCUUGUUGAUACCUUUAUCACCCGUGUGAGAGUCAAGCCGAAGUACAUGAUGUGUGUCGCAACGGCCUGCUACUAUAUUGCAUCGAAAUUCGAAACCGGCAAGCAGCCUCGCCCAACUGUUGACAGCCUUGUGCGGCUCGCUCGUUGUGGCGGGUCCGUCGCUGAUUUGGUCAGAAUGGUGGACAUCGUUUUGACAAAGCUUGGCGCAUCGACGGUUACGGCCGUUGGUGCGACAUCUGCUACCACCCUCGACUUCCUUUCUGCGUUUCUGAGUGAUGUAGGUCUGGGCUGCGGCGAACUUCCGACAUAUCUCGUCCGGCAGGUCGAGAAUGCACUAUGUGCAACGAAUUUGGCUCUGUUUCGUCCUUCCUGUCUAGCUUUAGCUCUGUUGUUAUCACACAACCAAAACCUCCCACCGGUUUGUGCAAAUGACCCUGGGUUUCCAGCUUCCAAGUCCCUUCAGUGUAUCGACCUGCGCGACUUGUUCACAAUAGCAAACCUUGGAAAGGUUAAUUGGGCUGACGUGGAGAACUGUUCUCGAACUCUUAUCGAAAAUGGGACUCUUGAAAGCUACUCGCCAUCAAGAUCUCCGGUUUCCAGUGCGGAGGUGGUAUGGAACUUGUCUAGGCGCACUCGUCUGAAUCUCUCUGGGUCUGCACCACCGUCGCUAAAGACAAUCUCUGAGUGGACGGAGGAAGAAGACUAG